UUGUCCCAUCUCUAAUUGAAUUGGUAAGACGUGUUUAUGAGUGCUCGUAACUUUUAUCAAGUUUUGUGAUUAUUACGGCUAUAAUUAAAAAGCUUUUAAAGCGCCAAAGAAACCAUAAAGUGACAAAGUGAAAUUGUGCAGAAAGUGAGCCAAGAAAACAAGCAGAAUAAUUUGGUUGAUUAAACAUUGCUCAGAUAAUGACUGUAACUGGACCAGAGGCUACAUCCUUGAUAUCAGCAAUUAGAAAAAGAAGGUUUAUAAGUGAUAAAAUAGAAUUAGCUUUCGCAAAUGAAAUUAAUAUUAAACAUCGUGGAAAUUACUGGUCUGUCCUGAAUUGCGCUGCGUAUUAUGGUAACGAUUCUAUUGUACGCUUAUUACUAAAAAAUAAGGAAUUAAUAAAACAGAAAGACUUGGACACUUCCUUACACAUAGCUGCAGAGAAAGAUCAUAGUACUGUUGUAGAAUUAUUAUUAAAACAUGGAGCAAAUAUUGAAUUUAAGAAUGAUGAUGGAGAGACGCCGUUACUAAUUGCAGUUAAAUAUAAAAAUGAAUAUAUUGCCAAUAUUUUAAUAGAAGAGGAAGCAAAUGUAAAUGCACGGGAUAGAUUUGACAAUACUUCUCUUCAUAUGGCUUGUCAAGAAGGCUUCUUGUUUAUUGUGGACCUGUUAUUACAUGCAGGUGCAGCUGUUAAUUUUCAAAAUGCAACAGGCUGGACUCCUUUGUUAUGUGCUGUUGAUCGUUAUCAGGUGCAUGUUGUGAAUUUAUUAUUACGUCGAGGGGCAGACAUCAACAUCCCCGAUAACUUAAGAAACACAGUUUUACAUAUUUGUGUUAGACGUCACCAUAAGGUCCUUACAGAGUUAUUACUUCAAAAUGGAGCUGAUGUGAAUAGUAGAAAUGCAUAUGGAUAUGAUAUUUUCGAUUUUGCAAGUUUUGAUUUCAAAAUAUCUGAUUUUUCAAAGUUUUUAGUCAGACUUAUUUUGUACUUAAAUAUCAACACACCUAAACCCGAUCGUAUUAACAGUGGGGACUUUUCGAAAUUCUGGGAUGCUUGUAAAUCAGAACUAGAACUAAUGAAGACUUGUAAAAUAUCUGAGAGCAAUAUAUCCUACAUGCAAUUAUUCCUUGAAAGUAAUAAAAGUAUAUUAGCAGUUUAUCUCAGCAAUGCGGACAUAGCUAGUGAACUAGACACACUAGUUUAUAAGAAAAAAUUUCCUAUAUACGAACAGUACUUUACUGAAAACAUAAUUAAAGGAAAGUCUAGACUACGCUCGCAUUAUGAAGCUGAUCAAGCUAUGAAUCUUAUCAGUCCGUUGUUGCCAAUAGUAGUUCGGACAAAAAUAUAUAAUUAUUUAUCUGAUGGUGAUUUAAAAAAUUUAAUUAACUCGAACCAGCACAAGUGUAAGAAAUAAUAAUUGUAUUGUUAAACUGGAAAUAAUUGAUCUAGCUUUAGGUAUAUGAUACAUAUUAUUGAUCAGCAAAUCUUUGUAAUUGUUUAUGUUGAAAAAUAAAAAAAAAUACCUGAAAUAA